AUGGAGUCGUUCCGGACCUUUGCCGGGCGCUGCCCGCGCCGCUUGCGCAUCGAGCGGUACGCGACCCUGGAUGUGCAGAAGCUGCUGAUGGAGCGGGAUGUGGACGUGUCACUGCCCUGGUACGAAGACAACAGCCCCCUCCCCCUUGAGGCCUUCGACGACACGGAGUAUGACUUGCGGACGCCCGACGAGUGGAUGGCGUUUUGCCGCGAUGGGAGCGGCCAGUUCAAGCCCCUGCCUGCCCUGGCUCUCUGGAGAGACCCCGACAGCGGCGUGGGAUACUGGCGCCGUGCUUUAGUCUUGCACUACCACAGUCAUGCCAAGAAGUUUGAGAUCCAAUAUGAGGACCCCGAGCCUGUUGGAAACGGAGGACGUCGUGGCAUGGUCGACCACCUCCCAAGACUGCGCGUCAUGUUCCGGGGGGAGGACCCAGAGGUGUUCGCCAAUCGCGUCGAGCAGGCCUACAAGUCCCGUCGUCGAGCGGAGGUCCUUCUGAGAUACAACUUCUACGUCGACAACAUGCCGACGGACGACGUCCAGCAGCUGAACUCCGAUCAGAUCGCCUGGCUGAAGGAUGCGUCCAAAACAGCUGGGCCGGACAUCGCCAACACUGAGUGGUUCUUCAUUGUCCAGGAGGUGUUCCCGCAAGAAGGGCUCAGGGUUCAGGAAGCAUACUGA